AUGGUUGAAGACUUGGAUGCUUCGCAGAGGAGUCUGAUACAUACUUGCUUGCAGUUUUAUGACCCUCAGUUGUGUUGCUUCACUUUUCAGGAUUUCCAGUUGGCUCCUUUAUUGGAAGAGUAUGCUAUGAUCUUGGGUGUUCCUCUACAGCAUUGUGUCCCUUUCAACUCCGAUAUACCUCCUCCAGAGCAUAAGGAUAUUGCUAAGGCUCUUCAUCUGGAAGUGUUUGUUGUGAAGGAAAAUCUCUCUUCUAAGGGAGGUCUGUCUGGUUUUCAUCUGGAUUUUGUGGUAAACAAAGCCGAAGAGUGUGCUGCUCAAGGCAAUUGGGAGGCUGUGGGUGCUCUGUUAGCAUUGAGUGUCUAUGGUAUUAUGCUAUUCACCGAUGAACCGAGGUUCGUAAGUAUGAGUGCUAUCCAUAUCUUUCUGCUAAAAAACCUGGUUCCCACCCUUCUUGGUGAUUUCUAUUUUUCGGUGCACAAUAAGAAUGAGAAGAGACGAGGGAGACUGGUCAGAUGUUGCGCUCCAUUGUUCCUUAAGUGGCUCGUGGGGCACUUGCCAAAUAACGAUGCUUUUCUGAAUCCGCAUCAAGCCAGGAAUUGGGCUAGAAGGUUGGUUGUCUUGACUGCUAAAGACAUUAGAUGGUGUAAUCAGAAUACCAAGGGUGGUGAUUUUGUGGUUAGCUGUGGGAAAUACCCUAAUGUACCAUUGUUGGUGCAAGAUAAUCUAGAAUUGGUUAAGCAAGCUGCUGGAGCUUGGAGGAAUAUUCGGACUAAAGGUGCUACUGUCUAUGGAAAAUGUAACAACAUCUCUUCUUCCCAGUAUGACAGUUGGUUGCGAGAAAGAGCUCGAAUUACUCUUCUACCUUUUUCUAUGGGAGAACCAUCUGAUCCGGUUAUUGUUGAGUCUGUCAUCAUGGUUGAGUACAACAGUUUGAAGCAAGAAAAGGGAAUAACCGAUAAGUUGAAUGCGAAGCUGAGUGAAGGCCUCAGUGAAGAUAUACUGAAGAAAGCUUACAAGGCUGCUAAGGAGCAGUUAGGAAGAGCUGAAUAUAGGCUUAUUGAGCGCCAGCAAAGGUGGGAAGAAUUGUCUUAUCGCCAGAGACAGGUUGAGAUAGAAAUCAGAGUAGAAAAUGAGCAGCAUGAAGCACUUCGAUUGGCUGAACAAGAGAUCGUCGAACUAAAGGUUUGA